AUGCAGGCGGAAUCACCCGUAACUUCUCCGAAAUUUGAUUUGUUAGAUUCGUGUGGUAAAUUCCGUGUGCUGGUUGGUGUCACGGGUAGUGUGGCAGCUCUCAAAGUGCCCCUAUUGGUCUCCCAACUUCUAGAGUUACCCGGGGUAAGUAGAUAGCUAUCUAACUGGGAUUUAUUUUCCGCUAGCUAUAGUUGGAUUCCUGAGUCGGCGUUACUCAAACAAGUCAAAGUAUGGUGUCCAACGUUGCUUCUGUGACCUGCACAUGCAUGAUUGUACCGCUGGAGGACGAUGUUCCCCUUGUAUCAAACCAAACCAAUAUGCUGUAUUGUCAAGAGGGGUUAUCAUGCAACUAACAGAAACUGACGGGGGAAAUUCCCCCCAAAAUAGUUAUUUACAUAUCCUAGAGGUGUAUUCACGACGUUACACUUCUAAUAUCAGGUCAUAUCAGCAUUAACCGAACGUAGCAGGUUAAUGCUACCACAUCCGGUUUUCAGCAGAAAAGGAAGCUCGGUUGAAUUAGCUGUAGCCCUAAAAACCGGAUGCAUCCGGUUGUUGGCUACUCUGCUAAGGGUGCAUCAGCAUUAACCUGUUAUUUAGAUAAUAAACACUUCUAAUAUCAGGUCAUAUCUGCAUUAACCUAAUGUAGCAGGUUAACACUACAACAUCCGAUUUUCAGCAGAAAAGGAAGCUAGGUUGAAUUAGCUGUAUCCCCGAAAACCUAUUAUUUAGACAGGCCUAGAUAAUAAUAAUAAUAAUAAUAAUAAUAAUAAUCCAAAGCGAUUUACAGUCAUGUGUGCAUACAUUUUUACGUAUGGGUGGUCCCGGGGAUCGAACCCACUACCCUGGCGUUACAAGCGCCAUGGUCUACCAAUUGAGCUACAGAGGACCACAAUUGAGCUACAUAGGCAUAGAUAAUCAACACUUCUAAUAGCAGGUCAUAUCUGUUUUAACCUGUUAUUUAGACAGGCCUAGCUAAAUUAUCAAACCGUUACCGGCACACUCAAUUCCUCUGAAGAUCUAUUCGUUAGUCAUAUAGGUGGCUUACCUAGAAGAAUAUCAGAAUAUCCAAUUAUGGACAUUUGUAGAGGCACAAAUAGAGGUAAAUCACAAAUAAGGUUCGGACAUCAGCCAUAAAAAAACGAAUCCUCUUAUCUAAACUGUAACCCUGCAAUAUAAUUAAUAAUUCAUCUAUUUGUUCAACCUUUCAUGUGAUUGGUUCUAUUUUUGGGAGUGCCGACUGUACAAGACAAUGGAAAAGUCAUUCCCCUACCCAAGAAUAGUAAAGCCCCCUUUACUGGCUUACUGGGGAUCCAUAAUAAACCCCAGGAAGAGUAGCUGCUGCCUUGGCAGGAACUAAUGGGGAUCCAUAAUAAACCCCAGGAAGAGUAGCUGCUGCCUUGGCAGGAACUAAUGGGGAUCCAUAAUAAACCCCAGGAAGAGUAGCUGCUGCCUUGGCAGGAACUAAUGGGGAUCCAUAAUAAACCCCAGGAAGAGUAGCUGCUGCCUUGGCAGGAACUAAUGGGGAUCCAUAAUAAACCCCAGGAAGAGUAGCUGCUGCCUUGGCAGGAACUAAUGGGGAUCCAUAAUAAACCCCAGGAAGAGUAGCUGCUGCCUUGGCAGGAACUAAUGGGGAUCCAUAAUAAACCCCAGGAAGAGUAGCUGCUGCCUUGGCAGGAACUAAUGGGGAUCCAUAAUAAACCCCAGGAAGAGUAGCUGCUGCCUUGGCAGGAACUAAUGGGGAUCCAUAAUAAACCCCAGGAAGAGUAGCUGCUGCCUUGGCAGGAACUAAUGGGGAUCCAUAAUAAACCCCAGGAAGAGUAGCUGCUGCCUUGGUAGGAACUCAUGGGGAUCCAUAAUAAACCCCAGGAAGAGUAGCUGCUGCCUUGGCAGGAACUAAUGGGGAUCCAUAAUAAAUACAAAUAGGCCUACAUUCAUUUAUGCGCAAUCUCACCUUUUAUUUAGAAAGUUAAUCAUUUUUGAUUAUGCUGCUUUGUUUGAACCUCUCUGCUCUUGAGUAAUGUAUGAUAGAAUAGAACCCUUCCAUAGGUCGUAGAGGCUAGGGGUUGAUCCUAGGGGAUAGGGGUUAGGGGUUGAUCCUAGGGGAUAGGGGUUAGGGGUUGAUCCUAGGGGAUAGGGGUUAGGGGUUGAUCCUAGGGGAUAGGGGUUAGGGGUUGAUCCUAGGGGAUAGGGGUUAGGGGUUGAUCCUAGGGGAUAGGGGUUAGGGGUUGAUCCUAGGGGAUAGGGGUUAGGGGUUGAUCCUAGGGGAUAGGGGUUAGGGGUUGAUCCUAGGGGAUAGGUGGUAGGGGAUUUGGGGUUGAGAGGAAAGCACUUUUUAAAGAACAACUGGUGGAAUGAGAUCGAUAUCCAUCCAGGAUACCCAGGCCAGGUCAAUUAGGAAGGCCUGCUCGCUAAAGUGUUUUAGGGAGCGUUUGACAGUGAUGAGGGGUGGUCGUUUGACCGCGGACCCGUUACGGACGCAGGCAAUAAGGCAGUGAUCGCUGAGAUCCUGGUUGAAGACAGCGUAGGUGUAUUUAGAGGGUAAAUUAGUCAGGAUGAUAUCUAUGAGGGUGCCCAUGUUUACGGAUUUAGGGUUGUACCUGGUAGGUUCCUUGAUAAUUUGUGUGAGAUUGAGGGCAUCUAGUUUGGAUUGUAGGAUGGCCGGGGUGUUAAGCAUAUCCCAGUUUAGGUCACCAAGCAGUACGAACUCUGAGAAUAGAUGGGGGGAAAUCAGUUCACAUAUGGUGUCCAGGGCACAGCUGGGGGCUGAGGGGGGUCUGUAGCAAGCGGCAACAGUGAGAGACUUAUUUCUGGAAAGGUGGAUUUUUAGAAGUAGAAGCUCAAACUGUUUGGGCACAGACCUGGAUAGUAUGAUAGAGCUCUGCAGGCUAUCUCUACAGUAGAUUGAACUCUGCCCCCUUUGGCAGUUCUAUCUAGACAGAAAAUGUUGUAGUUGGGGAAGGAAAUGUCUGAAUUUUGGUGGCCUUCCUAAGCCAGGAUUCAGACACUGCUAGAACAUCAGAGUUGGCGGAGUGUGCUAACGCAGUGAAUAACUCAAACUUAGGAAGGAGGCUUCUGAUGUUAACAUGCAAAAAGCCAAGGCUUUUACGGUUACAGAAGUCAACAAACGAUAGCGCCUGGUUGAUCCUAGGGUAUAGGGGUUAGGGGUUGAUCCUAGGGGAGAGGUGGUAGGGGUUAGGGGUUGAUCCUAGGGGAUAGGUGGUAGGGGCUAGGGGUUGAUCAUAGGGGAGAGGUGGUAGGGGCUAGGGGUUGAUCCUAGGGGAUAGGUGGUAGGGGCUAGGGGUUGAUCCUAGGGGAUAGGUGGUAGGUGUUAGGGGUUGAUCCUAGGGUAGAGGUGGUAGGGGCUAGGGGUUGAUCCUAGGGGAUAGGUGGUAGGUGUUAGGGGUUGAUCCUAGGGGAGAGGUGGUAGGGGCUAGGGGUUGAUCCUAGGGGAGAGGUGGUAGGGGCUAGGGGUUGAUCCUAGGGGAGAGGCGGUAGGGGCUAGGGGUUGAUCCUAGGGGAGAGGUGGUAGGUGUUAGGGGUUGAUCCUAGGGGAGAGGUGGUAGGGGCUAGGGGUUGAUCCUAGGGGAGAGGUGGUAGGGGCUAGGGGAGAGGUGGUAGGGGCUAGGGGUUGAUCCUAGGGGUUAGGGGUUAGGGGUUGAUCCUAGGGGAGAGGUGGUAGGGGCUAGGGGUUGAUCCUAGGGGUUAGGGGUUAGGGGUUGAUCCUAGGGGAGAGGUGGUAGGGGCUAGGGGUUGAUCCUAGGGAAUAGGUGGUAGGGGCUAGGGGUUGAUCCUAGGGGAGAGGUGGUAGGGGCUAGGGGUUGAAACUAGGGGUUGAUCCUAGGGACUAGGGGUUGAUUGUAGGGGAGAGAUGGUAGGGGCUAGGGGUUGAUCCUAGGGGAUAGGUGGUAGGGGUUAGGGGUUGAUCCUAGGGGAUAGGUGGUAGGGGCUAGGGGUUGAUCCUAGGGGAGAGGUGGUAGGGGCUAGGGGUUGAUCCUAGGGGUUAGGGGUUGAUCCUAGGGGUUGAUCCUAGGGGCUAGGGGUUGAUCCUAGGGGUUAGGGGUUGAUCCUAGGGUAUAGGUGGUAGGGGCUAGGGGUUGAUCCUAGGGGUUGAUCCUAGGGGUUAGGGGUUGAUCCUAGGCGUUAGGGGUUGAUCCUAGGGGCUAGGGGUUGAUCCUAGGGGUUAAGGGUUGGUUUGUGUUUCAAGGUUGGAAUAACACCCUUAUUGUCCUCUCCCCUCUGCAGGUGGAUGUGCGUGUUGUCUCUACAGAACACGCCAAGCACUUCUACAACCCUGCUGAGGUGGCUGUCAGCGUCUACAGCGACGCAAAUGAGUGGGAGGUUGGUUAUCAAACACAGCUCCUGUCUAGAUAAGAUAGAGCUUAGGUCAAAUUGACGUCAAAAGUUGCAUUUUAGCUAACCCUAACCCUUUUCCUAACCUUAACCUAAUUAUCCUAACCUGCUGCGUAAGUUCUCCUAACCUGCCGCGUAAGUUCUCCUAACCUGCUAUGAAAAGUCAAUUCUGACCAUAAGCAGUAUACCAUCUAGUGAAGACCUCAAACACAGGGUUUAGACAUGUAGAGUUAUAAUUGACUUCUAGUUGACUGGGAGGCAGGUAGCCUAGCGGUUAAAGGGUAGCCUAGCGGUUAAAGGGUAGCCUAGCGGUUAAAGGGUAGCCUAGCGGUUAAAGCAUUGGGUCAGUAACCAAAGGCAGGUAGCCUAGCGGUUAAAGCAUUGGGUCAGUAACCAAAGGCAGGUAGCCUAGCGGUUAAAGCAUUGGGUCAGUAACCAAAGGCAGGUAGCCUAGCGGUUAAAGGGUAGCCUAGCGGUUAAAGCAUUGGGUCAGUAACCAAAGGCAGGUAGCCUAGCGGUUAAAGCAUUGGGUCAGUAACCAAAGGCAGGUAGCCUAGCGGUUAAAGCAUUGGGUCAGUAACCAAAGGCAGGUAGCCUAGCGGUUAAAGCAUUGGGUCAGUAACCAAAGGCAGGUAGCCUAGCGGUUAAAGCAUUGGGUCAGUAACCAAAGGCAGGUAGCCUAGCGGUUAAAGCAUUGGGCCAGUAACCAAAUGCCUGAGCCGAAUACCUGAGCCGACAAGGUGAAAAAUAUGUCGAUGUGCCCUUGAGCAAGGCACUUAACCCAAAUUGCUCCAGGGGUGACGUACUACUGUGGCUGACCCUGUAAAACAACACAUUUCACUUCACCUAUCCGGUAUAUGAGACAAUAAAAUAUAUAUACUGUAUUUUUUACUGGUCUUAUAUUUCUAAAUCUAAUUGCGGUAAAAACACCGUUUGGAAAUCAAAUGUCUACUGCUGAAAAGAGAAGACGAAUCUGUCUGUAGUUAGGCUAACAAAAUAAUUUCUCAACUCAUCAUAUUGAGCGACUAGCGGAGCGCAUCUGCCAUCCCCGGUAAGUGCACAUAUUCCUUUCUGCAAUGUGUAUUUAUCCUCUUGCAGAUGUCAGAAAGCCCUGGUUCCAGUCUCACAUCAAGGUAAAGUGUUGACUGGACUCUAUUGGACCCCAGUGGGGUUGGGAGGUACGACUCAGUGGGGUUGGGAGGCAGGACUCAGUGGGGUUGGGAGGCAGGACUCAGUGGGGUGGGGAGGCAGGACUCAGUGGGGUUGGGAGGUACGACUCAGUGGGGAGGGGAGGCAGGACUCAGUGGGGUUGGGAGGCAGGACUCAGUGGGGUGGGGAGGCAGGACUCAGUGGGGUUGGGAGGCAGGACUCAGUGGGGGAGGGGGAGGCAGGACUCAGUGGGGAGGGGAGGCAGGACUCAGUGGGGUUGGGAGGCAGGACUCAGUGGGGUGGGGAGGCAGGACUCAGUGGGGUGGGGAGGGGAGGCAGGACUCAGUGGGGUGGGGAGGGGAGGCAGGACUCAGUGGGGGUUGGGAGGCAGGACUCAGUGGGGGUUGGGAGGGGAGGCAGGACUCAGUGGGGUUGGGAGGCAGGACUCAGUGGGGUGGGGAGGCAGGACUCAGUGGGGUGGGGAGGCAGGACUCAGUGGGGUGGGGAGGCAGGACUCAGUGGGGUGGGGGUGGGGAGGCAGGACUCAGUGGGGUUGGGUUGGGAGGCAGGACUCAGUGGGGUGGGGAGGCAGGACUCAGUGGGGUGGGGUUGGGAGGCAGGACUCAGUGGGUCCAAGGAUAAGCCAGACUUGUGGAGGUCUACAAUUUUCUUUCUGAGGUCUUGGCUGAUUUCUUUGGAUUUCCCUAUGAUGUCAAGCAAAGAGGCACUGAGUUUGAAGGUAGGCCUUGAAAUACAUCCACAGGUAUACCUCCAAUUGACUCAAAUGAUGUCAAUUAGCCUAUCAGAAGCUUCUAAAGCCAUGACAUCAUUUUCUGGAAUUUUCUAACCUGUUUAAAGGCAAAGUCAACUAAGUGUAUGUAAACUUCUGACCCACUGGAAUUGUGAUACAGUGAAUUAUAAGUGAAAUAAUCUGUCUGUAAACAUUUGUUAGAAAAAUUACUUGUGUCAUGCACAAAGUAGAUGUCCUAACCGACUUGCCAAAACUAUAGUUUGUCAACAAGACAUUUGUGGAGUGGUUGAAAAAGUUUAUGUAUCCUUCCGACUUCAACUGUAAAUGUGAUAAUGUUGUGAAUACUGUUCCUCUUUCUUAGCUGUGGACCCAGCGCUCUGACCCUGUGCUGCACAUAGAGCUGAGACGUUGGGCUGACCUCCUCGUUAUAGCCCCUCUGGACGCUAACACACUGGGGAAGAUCGCCAGCGGCAUCUGUGACAACUUACUGGUGAGAUCCUGUACUGGUAGACUGACAGGGCACGGUUAG